AGGGUUUCCUGUAGGUUGGACAUGGGACAGUGGAGGCAGAUUCACUGACAGACAGAAGUUCCUGUAUUUGAUAUUCAAGCAAAAUUGUGUCAAGAUGUGGAAGAAAAAUGAAGAACUACCAGAGAGAUUAGAUGAGAACGUUAUCCAAUGAGGAACAUGGACAUUGAUCAAGUUUAUGCCAACAUAGGAGUCUUAAAUCCCAGAAAAAAGGAUGGCGUUGGUCAACAAUCAGUUCAUCCAUACAGAGUCACUACAGUGUUUCUGGGGCUGCUGUGUGUUCUACUACUGACUGGGAUCAAUGGAAUAUUUCUCUACCAGAGAAACCAACUGAACAACCUGACAAAAGUGAGAGACCAGCUACAGACCAGUUAUAACAACCUGACAAAAGAGAGAGACCAACUACAAACCAAUUAUAACACCCUAGUGAAAAAGAAAGACCAGCUUCUGAGUGAGACAGGAAUGCUAAACAAGAUCAAAGGGAGACACUGCCCCAAAGGCUGGAUACAGUUUCAAUCCAGCUGUUACUACAACACCACUUUGAAGAAAACCUGGGAGGACAGUAGACAGGACUGCAUUGAUAGAGGAGCAGACCUGGUGAUCAUCAACAGCAGAGAGGAACAGUCAUUCAUCAAUCAGUUAUCCAAACUGGAUAAACAUAUCUGGAUUGGUCUGACUGACUCUGACACUGAGGGGACCUGGAUUUGGGUGGAUGGCUCUCCACUGACCACCAAGUUUUGGGAGAAACAGCCAAACAACAAUCAUGACAAAGACUGCGUUGAGUUUAUCCACAAAUCAUAUGACCCAGGGGUGUGGAAAGACAGAAAAUGUCAGAGACCAAACAGCUGGAUCUGUGAGAUAUAGGACAACUCAUAGGAACGUUCUGCUAACUAUGCAGAUGACAGGAUAUUUGUCAUGAUCCUUCUCUUUCUCCCUCUUCUGGCUACACUCACACUUACACACACACACACACACACACUCACCAUUACACACACACACACACACACUCUCCAUUACACACACACAUAACCACACGCGCCUUCACUCACCCUCAGCUGUUCCUAGUUGCAACCAGCUAUUGCGUGUGGCAAACACCAGAUCCCUCUUUGCAUCUUUAACUAGUAACUCAUUUAUACAGGUUGGGACAACCAAGUAUACAUUAGUGCAAGAAUUUCCACAACACGCGCUAAUUAUUCCGUGAGUUAUCUAUGCAAGAGGCUCUCUCUCUCCUACCUAAUGUUCCUGUCUUGUCUGAGUCCUGUCUGGAUCUGGUCUGUACAAAUACUACUCUGUGUUUGCUGAAUUGCUGCUUACUCUACACUCUGCCUAGUAUGCCUGUGGUUGAUGGCCUGCCUGAGCAAUCUCUCCGCCAGCCGUAUACCAUAUCCUCUCUGUGAGAUCUGAGACUUGAUGCCGACAGACCUGGUCUUUCUGCUGUGCUCUGCCUCUGUUAUAAGAAGAUAUUUGUAGUUUGUCUAACACCCGUAUUGAGGGCAGUUUCUGUCAAGAAGAGGAUUUCUGUUCAUCUGGACUGUUACUCUUUCAUUGUAUUAUAGACAUUGUAUUAUUGCAUUUAUUUUUUGGGUCCUUUCUCAACUUCUAUAACAAUAUUAGUCUGACUUCCAUUAAACAUUCAGAAGAAAACCAAACAGGGAACAAUGUCUGAUGUUUCUUUUACUGAAAUAAUAUGCUGAUUUACAAAGAAGCAAACAGCCAAUGCAUUUCAGUUAACAUAAUUUAAUAUUGAAACAUUGGUGUGA